AUGAUUCUCACUCGCAAAGCCCAUGCUCGCCAAGAGGAGUCUAAACUCAGCCUGGCUUUGAGCGAAUUGAAGGCAUCAAAGGAGUUGUGUGAUCGAUUGUUGGGGGAAAGGGAUGACAAUGAGAGGGAAUUCUUGCUUAUUUUGGACCAAAACAAGAAGCUGAAACGUGAAAUGGCUCUGUUAAAUAUUCAACACACAGAAGCCAUUGAGGCCCGGGAUAGGCUCCAAUUCGUUGUGGACGAAUUCAAGCAGUGUAGCGAGGAGUAUGAAACCACUUUAAAUGACAAAACGCUACUAAAACAACAGCUACAUGAGGCCAACAGUCAAAUUUCUGAACUAGAAAUAUUAAACUUAAACAUCACGGCCGGCUUGAAUAAUAGUUUAUUCAGUGAAUUGGUGUCAGCCCAAGCUUCUCAACUACAAUAUAGUGAUGUAAAUUUGGAUUUAAAUCCAUUAACUUCAAAUCAGACUACAGAUAAUGAUGCAUGUCACCCAGUGAAAUUUGUUAGUUCUAGUCAUAAGAAGCUUAAGAAAUACAUAAGAAUCAGUAAAUUUAUAACUAAAACAAACAGAUUAGUAAAGAGACAAAAGUUCUUCAUAAAAAAUGUAAAAUUAAAUAGAGAACGUUUCCAGCUUCUGAAACAACUUAGUUUAUACUCAUCAAAAUUAAAUCAAAGUGCUAGGAAAUAUGAAACUGAUACCCAGAGCCUGCAGUCAGAACUAGAACAAUUAACAUCAAAGUUAGAAAUAAUGUCUAAUAAAUAUAGUGCUUCAGAAAGGCAGAUGAGGGAAUACAUGUUGGCAAUGAAUGAGUUGGUAAGCUCGCAGGAGAAACAGUGUGAGAAGUGCACGCCUGAUGCUAUACUGCCUGCUCUUUCUCUGCCGGCAUUGAUGAGAUUGGAAAGAACUUAG